AUGGAGAAAACCAUGCUACUGAAUGUAGAAGGCAUUAAGAAGACCAUUCUUCACGGAGGGACUGGGGAGCUCCCUCACUUCAUCAAUGGAUCUAGAGUGACAUUUCAUUUCCGAACUAUGAAAUGUGAUGAGGAUCGGACAGUCAUAGAUGACAGCAAGCACGUUGGCCAGCCUAUGAACAUCAUCAUUGGAAACAUGUUCAAGCUUGAAGUCUGGGAAAUCCUGCUGACCUCAAUGAGGAUAGGAGAGGUGGCUGAAUUCUGGUGUGAUGCAAUUCAUACUGGUGUCUACCCCAUCCUCUCCAGGAGCCUGAGGCAGAUAGCAGAGGGCAAGGACCCCACAGAAUGGCAUGUUCACACUUGUGGGCUGGCCAACAUGUUUGCCUACCACACGCUGGGCUAUGCGGACCUGGAUGAGCUGCAGAAGGAGCCCCAGCCCCUGAUCUUCAUCACAGAACUCCUUAAGGUGGAAGCCCCAAGUGAGUACAAGAGAGAAACCUGGAGCCUCAACAACGAUGAGAAGAUGCGUGUGGUGCCGGUCCUCCACGGCGACGGUAAUCGCUUGUUCAAACUGGGACGUUAUGAGGAAGCUGAAAACAAGUACCAGGAAGCCAUCAUCUGCCUGAAGAACCUGCAGACCAAGGAGAAGGCUUGGGAGGUUCAGUGGCUGAAGUUGGAGAAGAUGAUCAACACCCUGCUUCUCAACUAUUGCCAAUGCCUGCUGAAGCGAGAGGAGUUCUAUGAGGUGCUGCAGCACACCAGCGACAUCAUCCAGCAUCACCCAGGUAUUGCCAAGGCCUACUACGUGAGGGCCAGGGCUCACGCCGAAGUGUGGAAUGAAGCAGAGGCCAAGGCAGAUCUGCAGAAGGUGCUGGAGCUGGACCCCGCCAUGCAGAAGGCAGUGAGGAAGGAGCUGAGGGUGCUCGAGAUCCGGAUGGAGGAGCAGCGGGAGGAGGAGAGGCGCCGCUGCAGGAACAUGCUGAGCUAA